AUGGCCGACAACGCAGAGGGCAGCGGCGAUGCCCAGGUCACCUUCAAGGUGAAGACCGGCCAGGAUAGCAACCACGUCAUCACCAUGGCCGAGUCGGCCACCGUGCUCGACCUCAAGACCAAGCUCGCCGGCGAUGACUUUGAAAACGUCCCCGUCGAGCGCCAGCGCCUUAUCUACUCUGGCCGCGUCAUGAAGAACGACGAUACCCUUGGCACCUACAAAAUCAAGCCCAACAACACUAUUCACAUGGUCAAGAGCGCUGCCAGCAACCCCGCGCCCCAGCCCGCCGCUUCCUCCUCGACACCUGCCGCACCCGCUGUUCCCACAAACAUGCAAGCUGGCACCGCCAACAACCUGCUUGCUGGCCUGACCGGCGCGAGAUAUGCCGGCCACAUCAACCUUCCCAGUCGCGAGACAUUUGGAGCCGACGGAGGAAUGGGUGCCCCGCCUUCCGACGACCAACUCGCCCAGAUGUUGUCCGACCCCUCCAUGCUUCAGACCAUGAACGCAGCUCUCGACAACCCUGACUUCAUCAAUUAUAUGAUUCAGAGCAACCCCCACCUGAGGAACGUCCCCAACGCCCGCGAGAUUAUCCAAUCGCCCUUCAUGCGCCAGAUGAUGACAAACCCGGACAUGCUCCGCAACGUUAUGAGAAUGCAGCGCAACAUGGCCGGAGGAGGAGGAAAUGCUGCUUUCCCGGCACCUGGCGCCACCGACACCACGCCGGCCGAAGCUGCGGCUGCUGAUCAACAGGCCAACGCGCAACGUUCGCCUUUCGCCGGUUUCCCGGGCUUUCCUGGCGGCGCCGGCAUGGAGGGACUUGGCGACCUCAGCGCGCUCUUUGGUGCCGGCAGCCCUUUCGCGCCUCCUCAACAAGGCGCCGGCGCCGGCACUGCUGCUACCGGCACGACGACGGGCGACAAUGCGCAAAACACCACAGGAGCUGCCGCCGGAGCCACGACAGAUGCUCAGGGAGGCAGCGCUACAAGCCCGCCCCCAGCCAACCCCUUUGCCGCUCUUUUCGCGCCUCCUCCUUAUGCUGCCCAGGGUCAAGGCCAGCAAGGUCAAGGACAAGCUCCCCCCAACCCGUUCGCUUCACCUUUUGGUCAAGUCAACCCUGAGAUGAUGCAACAGAUGAUGCAGAUGUGGGGGCUGGGUGGUGCAGGCGGUGCUGGCGGUGCUGGUGGCUCUCCGGCUCCUCCUGACAACCGUCCGCCUGAGGAGCGCUACGCCGAGCAGUUGCGCCAACUCAACGACAUGGGCUUUUUUGACUUUGAUAGAAACGUGGCUGCCCUUAGACGGAGCGGCGGCAGCGUGCAAGGCGCAAUUGAGCAUCUUCUCAGCGGCUAA